AUGGGCGUGGGCAGAGGGAAGGGCGAGGGUGGAGGUCGAACUGGCCGUGGCGGGCGCGGUAUCAGCGGCGGCAGAAGCAGCAGUAGCAGAGAAUCGCGGGCGCUUGUAGAUAGGGUUAAGGCGUCUGCGGCGAGCGGGUCUUGGGAGGAAGCGCUGGCUCAUGUUGCCGAGGUCAGGUCAUCAGGGUUGAAGCUCGAUGGCAGGGUGCACACCGCGGCAAUCCGUGCGGCUCUAGACGGCGGCAAAGCCCGGCCCGUUCUUGCGACGAUUGCGGCCAUGCGUGCGGACGGAUUCGUGCCCAAUAUCUCGUUGUACAACAAGGCCAUCAGCCUCUGCGGGAGACAGGGGGCGUGGGAGGACGCCGUAUUUCUGUUGCGGGACGCCCAGAGGGUAUCGUCCCCGGGGCAGCGGCGGGGGGUGGAUGUGGUGACGUUCAGCGCGGCGGUGGCCGCUUGCCGGGACGGAGGGGAGUGGCGGCAGGCGCUAGCGCUGAUGGAGGAAAUGCAGGCGGCGGGGAUCAAGCCGGAUCAGAUAGCGUACGGGACGGCGGUCAGCGCGUGUGCCAUGGCGGGCCAGUGGGAGAAAGCUGUCGCCCUGCUCGCGGACAUGCGGAGAUCCAAAUUACGUCCCGAUGUCGUUGCAUACAGCUCUGCCAUCAAGGCUUGCGGUGCCGAAGGCCGGUGGGAAGAGGCUCUCGGCCUGCUGAAAGAAAUGCAGGAAAACGGGGUCCGGCCAAAUCUCAUCACCUACACCGGAGCCAUGGAGGCGUGCGGGCGAGCGGGGCGGUGGAACAACGCUCUGGGGCUGCUCGCGGAGGUGCGAGAUCGGGGUCUGCGGCCGGACACGUUCACGCUCAAUGCCGUCAUGGACGCCCUCGGCAGAUCCGGCGAGACCGAGAAGGCGCUAGCGUUACUCGAUACGAUGCGCCCCCCUCGGCCGCGCGCGAGGCCAUCGCCCGGUACCCCCCCCGGCUUCCUGCCAUCUUCCGACCCCCCCUCCUCGUAUGACUCUCGACGGGUGCAUUCGGCGGCGACGUUGCCUACUGAUGGUGUCGAAGCCAACGACAGUAUUGACGGGCUUAAGAAUGGCGGGGGGAGGUUGUCGGGCGGGGGUGGGUGGGGGGGUGGGGGGCCCCGUGCGGACGUGUUCACGUGGAGCGCCGCCAUGACGGCUUGUAUUGAGGGAGACCAGUGGCAGAAGGUCGCCGGAAUGCUUGAGGAAAUGCGAGGGGAUGGAGUUCCACCGAACGCGAUAAACUACAACCUGGCUAUUCGAGCACUUGGAAAGGGAGGAGACUGGGAGCGCGCGACAGGCCUGCUGGAGGAAAUGAAGGAGGCGGGCGUGGCCACCGACGAAAGGGCGUUUAACGCCGCCAUUGAGGCGUGCGGCCGAGGGGGAUGCUGGGAACGAGCGGUGCGACUCGUGGACGAUAUGCACACGGAGGGGCUGGUUCCGGACAGCCUGACGUACAGGCGAGUCACGGAGCAAAUUGUGGCUCAGCCGCGGUGA